UCUAUGGUAAAAAUUGUUUGACGUAUGUUGCGAUUUGCUGCUUUUGCUACGGAUUUGUGGAAAAUUUUCCAAUUUGCCAGAGAAUUCGAUUUAUUUCGACACUCGCUUUGCGAAAACGUAAAAUUUUCAGAUUGAUUAGAUUUUAAUUUAAAGUGUUUGAGCGUUCCAUUGGAUUAAAAAGAACUUUGAAUUGUGAACACGAUGUCUCUGUUUGGAUCUCUCAUGGGGAUGGCCGACGUGGAUGACGACCCUUUUUUCGGGUCGCACAUGAGACAUAUGCGUCAGAUGAACAACAUGAUGAACUCUCUGUUCUCGGAUCCCUUUGGCAUGAUGGGAGAGAGCCCCCUUUCCAUCAUGGGAGCCCGACGUGGCAACGCCUUGAUGCCUUACAUGCCUCAAAUGCCAUCGCUGAAUAGACUUUUUGCAGAUGUGGCGGAUGGUCAUGGCAUGGGCGCCAGCUCAUUUUCCAGCAGCACAGUAGUUAUGUCCAGUGGACCUAACGGCAACCCACAGAUAUAUAGUUCCUCGAGCAGCACCAAAAUCGGUCCGAAUGGCGUGAAGGAGACGCGCAAAACUCUGCAAGACUCCCGCAGUGGCUUGAAGAAAAUGUCCAUUGGUCACCACAUCGGGGAGCGUGCGCACGUGAUCGAGCGCGAGCAGAACGUGUACUCCGGAGACGCUGAGGAGAGACAAGAGUUCAUCAACCUCGAGGAGGAAGAGGCUGAGGAAUUUGACAGAGAGUUCCAAGAGCGCGCGGGCGCCCACCGCAACCGCUCCCACCGCGCAGCUAUAACCGCGCCGCGCGACUCUUCCCUGCUCGCGCUGCCGCCCGCGCGCCUCGCCCUGCCCCCCGCCACCUCUCACUCGCCUCCAUCCCCGCACUCUCACUCCACUGGCGAGCGCCGCCACCGGCCCGCGCCGCGCCGCGCCUUGCGAGCCGCCGCCAGCCCCCUCGCCACCUCUUCCAGAUUUUUGAGGAGGCGUUACUACUACUAAUAAAUAUCGUAACUUUAUCUCCGGCGUGCGCGAGGUGUACAGCGGCCCGCACCCGCAGCGCCGCCACAAGCACAAGCACCGACACAUGCCCAGCGACAACUAAGCGUUCCCAGGGACUUGACCACACCAGUUUAUAUCACUCACUAGUUCGUAGCCACUUCCCACGGUGCGUGACUUUACAAUCUGUGUUUUGAAACCUCGCACACUUCCCCGCGUCGAAUCGUCCGAAUCGCAAGUGUGCGGGGUUUCAUGAGAUUUCAUACACAGAAUUCUAAAAUUCGUUUCGUUCGACGUGUUCGGCUCGGAUAAGUGUGCACCCUUAUGCCGAAGUAAUAACAUGCAACAAUCCAGCAUGCAACAAAUGAAAACAUCAAUUUUGCGGCACUAAGCAGCAUGCGGCAGUCUAUUUUAUUGUUGAAUUAGAACAUUGAUGAAUAAUGAAUGCCAUUCAAAAUAAUAAAAAAAUCCGGUUCGAAGGAUCAAAAACGUAAAUCCGACAUUAUGGGGAAUUAAUUGAUUACCCACCUGUUGCGUUUUUUCAUAUUUUCGAUAUAUUUUUUAAUUGGACUGAAUUUUUUGAUAUUUUCCCCAAAUUAAACUAGCUACACACCUGAUCAUUUACGAGUGAAUGAAUACACGUAAAGAAUUAGGUGAAAGUUAUAAGGAUUUAUUUCUUGAUUUUUUAUCGCGUCGAUUCAUCUUCUUUGAGGCUAUUUUUUCGUUUAAUCCUUUGUCGUAACUUAGACGAAUGUUCACUUAAUGUUUUCCAGCUAUUUUUUGCUUUAUUACGGACGAUUUAAUCAUAAUCAAUUUCAACACCCUACUGGCAAAGUCAUGCACCGUUGGAAGCGGCCAUAAAAAUCUUUCUUGAAGUAAUCCUUGAACUAGAAGACUUCAACACUACAUUGGCCACACAAUGAUCAAGUUUAUCGUUAUGUAUCAUAAGUUUGCAGCUGAUUUAAAUCGGUGUCCAGUCACCUAAUAGCCAUAUAGCCAUACUUUUGACAUGACACAUUCACUUUGACAUUGACACCUAGAGCAAAUAUGGCGGGUGUUUUCUCUGAUUGUACGCGUUAUAAGUAACUAAAGCACUCAGGGUGAGAUCUAUAGAGCGCGCUCUGCCUUUGCUUAGACUUAAGACAGAGUUAAAACGAGACAGAGCUAUAUCUCUCACAUAAAUCUGUCUCGUUUUAACUCAAUCUUAAGUCAGAGCAAAGUCAAAGUGCGCUUUAUAGAUUUCAGCCUCAGAGUGCGACAAUUCUAAAACUAACCAAACAUCCUUGACUUACACAGAUCAAUGUGUUAAUGUAUACCUAGGGUAGUUAUUCGUGCAGAAUUGUCAGCAUUAUAUCUCGUUUCAAUCGACCUGGAAUACGACCAGCCAGAAAUAAGUGGCUGUUUUCUUCAAUGCCAACCCUAAGACCAUCCGUAUAAUCUUUAAUAGGUUAUGACUCAAGACACCUUGUGGUGGCAUCUUUUUUUAAAUGCUAAACUUAAUCUUAACUAAGUUCUGUAUUUUGUGUAAAGCAAAAUGAAAAACCCCAUAAUUUCUUGAAUUGUUUCCUCACAAAUAUUUACAUUAUUGUAAAUAGGCGCAGCGCAUACCGGCAGGGUGGAGGCGCACUUGGUAAAAACUCAAACUACGCUUUAUUCACUUUGGAAUGAGAGCGGCGUGAGCGCACGUCCACGUUUCUACAAAAAACCAUAUUAAUAUGUCAAAGUCAGAAAGGCUAACAUUGUUAUCAAAAAACUCAGCUCUACUCCUGUCCAACUGUAUGCGCCGGAUAUAAAGUUCAAUUUACCUUGAAUCAUCAAGUUGACGCUUGCAUAUUUCGAUGCAACCGCCUGUAUGUCUUGAGCCUAGACAUUUGGCCCCAAGGAAAGGGCUGUUUAUUUAACAUGUAAGACGAUUUUGUUUAAUAUAGAAUUUUAAUUUAAGGCGAUAAUCACGUUCCAAUAAAGAAGAAUCGAAACGAAGCGCGGCGCGGCGCUAAGCAUUCCGUCUCACUUACAGAUUACACAAAGGUAUAAAGGAGUAAGUGAGAGGGAAUGUUUAACGCUGGCAUUUUCGAUUUUCUUUAUUAGGACGAGGUAUAUUAAAAUCGAACCCAAAACCUUUAGUAUAUGUUAUGUUGAAAAUGCUGUAAUGACGACAUUUAUAUUAAACACAUUAUUUUUUUUGCCUUAAACUUUCAAAAAUUCUAAAUUAAAUUAAAAUUCUCCCUUAGCACUAAGGAAUAGUUAUAAAAUAUUUAAUUAAUAAUAAUAGUUUAAAGAUGUAUUGUGAUUUUGGGUUGAACUUUUAUGCAAAAAGUAAAAAAAAUUACAUAAAAAUUACAUAAUUUUUACAUAGUAAUUAUGUAGAACUGGACGAAACCCGCGAUUUCUUCGGUGUGGAAUUAGAAUGCACCCUGUCUCUUUACCAAAUUCGUCAAAAUCGGUUAAUCGAAUGGGCUGUAAAAAGGUAACAGACCGACAGACAUAUUUUCGCAUAUUAUUGUGAAUUUUAUUGAUUUGGCUUCGGCUAAAAUCCCACCAUAGCCCUAUCCGGAACGGGAUAUUAAAUUUAUUUAUUCUUAACCAUGUGUUUGCGCCAAAAACCAGUAAAUAUUAUAUAUAUUUACUGUCGGUGGUUUAAUGACGGAGACGGUGUUGUGUAUACUGUAUAUAGUACGCGACAGCUUGAGAUGGCAAUCGGGGUAUGAGGUGGGGCGCCCCCACCCUGGUCGCCAUGUCUGCACUAUAGGUGUUUAUUAAGUGAAUGCUUAUCAACAAACUUAUUGAAGAAAUCUUUUUUUUUAAAUCUUUUAUUAACAGCCUUUUACAUUUCUGUAUGUCAGCCUAAAAAGAAAUCUUAUAUGCCGGCUAUUGUUUAAAUAAUACUUCUUAAUCUAAUUUCUCACGAUGAGAAGGAUUUAAGCCAUAAUCCUCCACGCUAACCAAGUGCGAAUGGAGAACUCUAUUUAUUGUAUUACUAUUUGUUUUCUUUUGUUAAUUCGGGGCAGUUUUGAUACUAGGUUAUUUUAGAAAUAAAUUAUAAUAUAAUGGGAGUAUGUAAUUUAGAGUAAUUAUGAAAAUGUUAAAUGCAUACUGUCUCCUUCAUGUUGUAAAAAAUUAUCAAAAAUUGCGUUAGAUUGACAGCUACAAUGUUACUAUCGCAAUCACUUCUGAUUGGUUGGCGCUCGCUCACUAUUGGCUACAAUGCAUUGUUGCAACAAGAAUACCACAAAUUCAGCCAAUCACAACGAUUGCCAUCGUAAUAAUGAUUGAUGCAGGUUUUAGGGAAUCGACCUGCAGGUCACCUUUAACUUAAGGACUAAAAUCGUACUUUUGACAGGAUAGUUGACCCUAUGGUCUGAAGCCCGCGUUAGACCUUGGUGUAAGAAAUUAUAAUAACGAGUAAGAGCCUAGUAAUAUGUAUUUGUCUCUCAUUUUGUAUGUAUUGAUAAUAAUGUAUUAGGUUCCGUAUAUUUACAUAGUUUGUGACGGGUGUAGUUACUUUAGGUUACAGAAUAGAUAAGAAUUAAUUAGUUAAUUCAUUGGUUAUUGGUUUCGAUGGCCACUGUGAUUCAAGCAAACAAUCAAUAAAUCCAAUAAUUUUGGGAUAGUAAUACAAUGUUAAUGUUUUGUUUCUUUUGAUAGCCAAUGACUUUUUAGCCAAAAUUUCUAUUGACCUAUUAUAAUAAAGACAUAAACUUUAAUAGCAAAUGAAACCAGUAUUAUGUUUUUAUUUUUUUAAUCAAUGAAGUAAUUUGUAUAGGCUCAAAUUUAACAAACAGAAAACUUUGGUGUCAAAAUUCAAUAUGUAUAAGUACGUACCUACAAUUUCUUUUGCCAAUGUCUGUAAAAUCAAUAUUUUCUGUAUAAAUUAAUUUAAAUCAAAGAGUUUUGCAGUUAAUUCUACACAAGGUUUUAGUUAUUUUUUACAUAAAUUGUUAAUCUAUUCUACCCUCAUCUCUUGGAAUAAGUUAGUAAUUAAGAUUAAGGUUACAGUAUUCGGCAGUAAAUAUACACAUCGUGCUUUAGAAAGAGAUAAUCGACAGCUUCGGCUUCGUAGAGCGUCGUCUCCGUCACUCACACUCACGUGACGUUUUUGACGACCUCCCUGGCACAGUGGAGGUUCCGGGCAAAGGCAAUUUUGGAAUUUAUAAUUUUUGUCUCUGGUCUGGUCUAGUGGGAUGCUUUCGUCGUGGUUAGAUACCACCCUACCGGCAAAGCCAUGCCGCCAAGCAAUUUAGCGCUCCAUCAUGAUGCCGCGUAGAAACUUCCAAAGAGGGUUGAAACUUCCAUACCCCUUCCAAGUCAGCCCGCUUCCAUCUUAGACUGCAUCAUCACUUACCAUCAGGUAAGAACGCAGUCAAGGGCACACUUCUAAUUAAAUAAAAAAAAGUUUAGUGACCAAUCUCUUUAGUGCCUCGUUCAAGCUAUUUGACAUUGGUGAAUAGCAUAGUGCUGACUUGGCACUUCAAAAUGCCAUCAAACAAGAAAAGAAAAAGAAUCUCAAUAAUUGAGACGACGCUCUACAAAGCUAAAGCUAUAAAAUGUUGUGUCUCUUUCUAAAGCCCGAUGUGUUUACUGCUGGGUAUUGUACUGUACGUAGACGAAUACAGUUGCAUGUAAUCUGUGUUGUAGGAAUUAUUUCAUAGUAUCUCAGAAAAUCGAGGCACAAAGUGAGGGUGCUGGAACGAAUCGCCCAUUCCUUUGAAUAAAGUGAAUAUUAUUUUACAA